AUGUUCGACCCAACCGCCCGACCCGCACCCAGUCUCACCGCCAACCAAGUCGACCAAUUAGCGGACGCCAUUAAUCUCUCGGAGGAAUCGCGUGGAUGCGUCAAACGGCUUAUCGAAUUUGUCGAGAAGGAUGGGGAGGCUAAUGCGAAGGCGUAUAACCGUGUUCUACAAUCAAAGCCCACAAGUAAACUCGCUGCCGUCUUGGUGCUGCUAUACGAAGAACGGGGACGGUUACGCGUUCUGUUGACGACGCGAUCCAAGUCGUUGAGGACGCAUGCGGGGCAGACGGCGUUGCCUGGUGGGAGGGUGGAUCUGGAGGAUAGGGAUUGGGUUGAUACUGCUCUGCGAGAAGCAAAAGAAGAAGUAUCCCUCCCCUCGCCCACCGAAUGUGGGCACGUUCAUAUCCUAGGCGUCCUCCACCCCUUCCUCUCGCUCCACCGCCUCCUCGUCGUACCCGUCGUCGCCCUCCUAACUGACACCUCCGUCCUCAAGAACCUUAGGGCCUCGGAGAAGGAGGUGGCGUGUAUAUUCAGUCAUCCGUUGGAGGCUAUUUUGGAUCCGGCGAUUUCGGCUGAGGAGAGGUUGGUGGAUGUUGGGAGUGAGGAUUGGCCUUAUGAGACGGAGUUUUAUAACACGAGCGAUUCUGUCGUGACGAUGCUAGGCGAUACGUCCUACCGGAUGCACCGCUUCAGGACGAGCGCUUCUCCUAUCAAAGGGCUUACCUCUGACAUCCUCUCGACGGUGUACGAGCGGUACGCGUCGGACCAGAUACGGAGUUUUGUGGGUAUUGUGGAUGCUGUGAGGGCGUUUGAGGAGAAGUUGGCGGCGAGUGCGGAGAGAUAA